CUGUUUUUACGUGGAUAUAUUAUAAACAACAACAGAGGAUAAGCUGAAUUACUGACAACUUUGACUAUGGAUUCAAAACUCAAUGGACUCUUAAGUCACUAUAUUCUGGCCUUGAUACUGCUGGAGGUCCACUGGAGGCCAGUGUUUCUGGCUCCACUUAACUCAAGAUGUUAUGAAGACCUGGACAACCUGAAGUCUUUUGCAGAACUAUUGGAAAUGGAAGCAACAACGCUACUGAUGGCAUAUCAUGACUCCUUUAGUGAUUCAACUCCAGACGAUGUCAUUGAUUCCACAAUAUCCGGUAUGAAGUUCUACGAGAAGCUUCAGGACAUCUACAUCAAGAACGAGCUUUUUUCUUUGCACUUUUUGAAGGUAGAUGAAUAUCUGCAGGACCUUUUUGGAAACGAAGAACCUAUUAAGAAGCUCCUGCCACGUUUCAAGGACAGACUCAUUGACCUUUCGAAAAGAUUACAGCAUAUUCUCACAACGCUGCACCCAGACACUCCUUUGCCGGCAAAACCAGAGGCUUUGACGUUUAACCAUGAUUAUGACUAUGACAAGAAAAAGUAUGGCUGGCAUGUUAUAGACAGAGUAAAGUACUGGCUUUCACAGGUGGCUCAGGUACUUGACAUGGGAAAGGAAGUAUGUUACGAAGUAAUCAGCUUGGAUUUUUGAAUAACCCUGAUGAUGUCACCUGGUUUCCCCUUCCUCUCUGGUGUACUCUGCAAAGCUUAAGAUGCUAAACGUGGUGGAAAAGCAGAGCAUAGGAAGCCAUCUGUAUAGCUAGUGCAGCUACUCUGCACAUUGGAAUGAAUAGGCUACUUUUGCACAAUAGUAAAAUACACAUUUACCAUUUUUAUAUACAUUUCUAAACCACAAAGUAUGGAUUUUUUAAACAUAAAAUGUUGUGUAUUGUUAUUAAAUCUUUGUGAAAAAGACUGUUUUAUAUAUAUAUAUGAUAUAUUUAUUUAAUACCUACACUUUUCUUGAGGUUUUGUAUUGAUAAUACUAUUUAAUAUUUCAUAAUUCUUUUGUAUUUAUAUUAUUAUGACUGAACACAGCACUUUAUAUGGACAAUGUUAAGUUUCAUUUAAUAACAGAAUAUUCACUUUAAUAGACUUGGCAGGGAACAGUAAAAGUACAAGUGUAAAUAUAUCAAAGUAUGUAAAAGGGAUGCUGUUUUCAGUGUGUGUCAUAUUUUUCAUUCUGGUGAUCAUUUUUGCUUGUUGCAUUCCUUUUUAUUGUGUAAUAAAUGUACGUUUUAUA